AUGCCAAUUUUUUAUAAAAUUGUUGCAUUUUCAGCAAACAUAAAGAAAUCAUCAAAGUAUAAAAAACGUAAAGUGCUUCAUAAACAUGUUGGUAGACAAGAUGGUAAAAGAGGUAAACCUGUUGGAGGUAAAGGUGACAGUGAAACUGGUAGUAGGGCCGGUGGUGGCAAGCAUGCUGAUGGUAGGGGAGAGCAUGCUGAUGGUAGGGGCAAGCAUGACGGUUGUAGAGGUAAAUAUGAUGGUGGGAGGGAAAGGGGAAGUCCUUGAGGAAGUGGAAGGAGGAGUGGAAGUGGUGGUAGUGGGAGAGGUAGUGGUAAUAAAGUAGGUAGUGACAAACAUCCUGAAGAGGCGGUUAAUAGUGGUAAAAGUGCUGCUAAAAGUGGUACUAGACCAGGUGGUAAUACUGGUAGUAAGGGCAAGGGUGGAAGAGGAAUUCCCGGUGAAAGAGGAAGUUGGGCUGGAAUAGGAAGUGGGUCCGGAAGAGGAAUAGGGGCCGGGAGACACUGUGGUGGUAGACACGGUGGUGGUGAACAUGAUGGUGGCAAGUAUAUUGGUGGUAAGUACUUACAACAAUGAUUUGCUCCAACCUUCGAAAAUACAAAUAUGUUUAAUUUCUUUAGGGUUAUUUACAAUAUUUACAUUUAUAAACAAAUCUUACCUUUGUGGAAAAAACACACACUGCUAAAACUACUAUGGUUCUUAAUGAAAUCAUUUUCUGUAGGAAUGAAGAGACGAUUGAUGAAUGUACUGAACGCAUCGUGAAAUUAUGGCUUUUAUACUUUUACUGAAUGUGUAAUAAUUUGAUAUUUUUGAUUUAUUCACGUUCUUCAAAGCUGAUUGUAAGUUUCCAAUAGUCAUUAAUGUGUUUGUUAAAUGAUAAUUAUACGAUAAACUCUUAAUAUCUGUUGUUAUACUAAAAAACCAGUUAGACAUUGUUGAGAUUAAAUUAAUAUUUUAUAAACAGUUUUGGUAUUUUAAUAGAAUUCUCAUUUUUUGACAGUUAGAGCUUACUAAAUUAAACACAUACAGUAAAUUAUUAAAGGAAAUAUUAAAUUUUAUAUUAAAUAUCAAAUUAUAAGGGCUAUAAUUGGUAUUUAAAAAAAUUGUGAAAUGAUAAACGAAAUAAAUCAGUGUAUUUGAAAAAGUCAAUGUUAAUAUUAUUGAGUGACAUAGUUAUAUUGCACUUUAGCUGAAAUUGCCGGGUUCUNGUUAUAUUUUUUGUCAAUAUAUGUAUACUCCAUACAUAUUGGCGCAAAUGGAACAUAAAUUAAGGGGAAAUACACCUCAAAUUAAAUCUUCAUUUAGUUUAUACAAUUUAGAAUAUAUGCGCUCGUUAUGUAACAAUUUUAUUACCACUCCUAUUCCUUCCACUUAUUUUCACCCACUUCAUUUUAUAGCCUCAGACCUUCUCACCCAACCAUCAAUUACCGACAAAUGUGCCCCUUUGCCUGUUUAGAAUAACAUUUUAAAAUGUUUAUCCUAGGGUUUAUAGUUUACAAUUUCAAAGUGGUUCAUUCAAUUAAAAUAUCAUAUCAAAUAAUGGCAUAGAAAAUUUUUAUACGUUAUCAGUUGUUUUUACACGUAUUAUAUUCAACUCAAAAUGAUACGGAGGAUACGAAAAUUUGUUUUACAUAUUACUUUUUACUGGGGCCUACAAAGUCUAUACAAAAGACGACCGUUCUUGACAUAAAAUUACACACGGUUCUUUUAUACAACAGCACUUACACCAAUUACAUGUUACUUAUAAAAAAAAAAUUCAAAGAUCAAUUAAAUACAUUUGACUUGAAGGUAAUUUUUUGAUUCGUAAUUUUUCUUUCAGAAGUUUUCUCAACAUAUCUAAAUAACCAAAAAAAAAAAACGUGGGAAAAUCGGUACAUUAAACAAUUUAUAUUAAAAAAAGUAUAAAAUGUCUAUUUAAUUAUUUUACCUUAAUAUGACAUAGAUAUUGUUGUCAAAAUAUCACUGUCAACUAAACUUUGCUCAGAAUGGUUUUUUUUUAUAAGGAAUGGAUUAUCGUUGCAUGCAAAAUCAUAUUGCAUUAUCUUUUAUACUCUACCUUCACAAUUUCCUACCUACAAAAUUGGCUGCACUUACGAGCGAAGUUAGUCCAUCAAGUAAUUAGACGGAUUAAAUAUAGUUUAGUAAUUUUAUUGUUCAAAAGCACACAAUUACAAUUAUUUUGCACAACAUAAAUAGUUUUUAUAAAAACUAUAAUUUAAUGUGAACUUUAUUAUCGUGCAACUGAAAAAUAUUUUGUAGAAACUGGCACCUUAUGAUAUAAAAUAAUUUUCUAAUUUUUUAUUGGCUUUAAAAUGAAACGUAAUUAUUUUCACUAAAAAAUAGGAUACAAAUUACUUAGAGAUAGUAUACUUCUACAAAAGUAGAUAAUCUGCUAUAUUGACAUAAUGUCUUUCACAAAAGAUAUUGUUAACUCCAACACUAAAUAGUUGUGAAAAUUGUAAAAAGUAAAGUAAGGUAUUUUAAAAUAAAUAAAAAUCAUACAUAUACUACAAAAAAAAAAAUUAGAGAUUGUUCUAUUUCCUAUUCACGGAAAUAAAGUAGACGUUAUCGAAAUAUUCGGAAAUUUCUGGUACAAAGCCUUUCAUUAAUAUGUUUAUUACAUUUAAAUUUAUUAUAUUACAUUCGUAAGUCUCUAUGAAUUUUUAUGCAAAAUAUCACAAAAAAGUCUCUUAUAAUUCCCCAUUAGAAAACGAUUUCUGCUAUAAAACGUCACAAAAAAUAAUUUAAAAUAAUGAAAUCGUAAAAUCUUACGUUUUUUCCACUUAAAUGAAAUCACCUCAAAAAAUAAUCCCUACAUAUGUACAAAAUAUUAAAUUUAAAAAAGAUCUGUGUAGAAGAUUACACUAUCUAUUUUUAGAUAGUGUAAAAAGUUAAAAGGAGAAAAAGGACUAGUGCAAGUUUACACUAUGUAUUAAAUACAGAUAAAAAAGUCAUACUUGAAAGAGUUUAUCUAUAGCCAAAGUAUGUGUAAUUUUUUUUUGGUGGUCAAACAAUAUUACAGGGGCUAGAAUUGAACCUUAAACACAAUUUUUAUAAUCGAAACGUUGAAAAUACUAAGAACUGACAAAAACUGUCAUAAUUGUGGUAUUUUAAGCCUAUACUUGGGCAUCACAGAUCACACAUGAUAGGUUGCUCCACACAAUUUUGAUAUAUAUUUUCUACUCCGGUACUUUAAGUUUUUUUUUAUUUUUACAGUUAAUUUUGCGGAAGCUGAAGAAAGAAAAAUUGUAUACGUUGUAAAUUUACUAAUUUUUCCACUUUGGAGACAUUCAUUUUUUUUUUAUCAAUUAUUAAUAUAUAUUUUUUUUAGUUGACUUGCACUUUACAGCACUGUUAAUAAGACGAUUUAAUUUUAAUAGUUAAACCUAUUGACUUUGGGAUUGAAUUAAAUUCCUAAACUUCGAAAAUCGAAGUUGAAUUAAUACCGUUCAAUUGUUUAUGUUUAUGUUUAAAAACAAAUGUUAUUUUCAAAGUAAUAUUAACGUUGAUUUUAUUCUAAAUAAAUGUAGAAACAAAAUAUUAUACAGUAAAUCUUUAUUAAAUGUUUGAAUAUAUUUCAUUCAAUGAUCACAUGUUAUAUAAAUUUUAUUGUAUUUUUGGCUGUUUGGGACAUAACAAAUAAGUGAGAGAUAGACAAAAACAAGGUGAUGAGUAGGUGACAUUUGUAAGAGCGGCAACAGUGCAGUGAACAAUCUCGAAGGAUGGAUGACUUCAGUUGGAGGAGGAAGAGAAAAUAGAUGCGAGGCCGGAAGACACGUCAGUGGCAGAGACAGUAAUGACAAACAUGAUGAUGGAAAAGGAAUUGACAAAAAGACGGUGAAGCAGAUAAUAUUACGGUACAAAUGUCAGCAUAGAUGUUAAAAAUGUAGGCUGUGUUUACUGUGAUAUUGGCAAACAUGAAGGUGGGCGAGGAAAUAGAGAAGGAAGUGUCUUGUCAUAGUGUGCUUCAAUAACACGCUGGAAGACAUGUUGGCGGUAAAGGCGACAACGGAACUGGUAACAUGGCCGGGGAUGGCAAGCACGGCGAUGGUAGACAUGGAGAUGGCAGACAAGGGGGUGGCAGACACGAGGGUGGCAGAUAUGGCGAUGGUAGACAUGGUGGUGGUAAGGGCAAGUAUGAUGAUGGUAGUGGCAAACAUGGUGGUGGAAGAGGAACGGGAAUUGCUUCAGGAAGUGGAAGUGGGAGUGGAAGUGGUGGUAACGGGAGAGGUAAUGGUAACAAUGUAGGUAGUGGUAAACUUCCUAGAGAGGUGGUUAAUAGUGGUAAAAGUGCUCCUAAAAGUGGUACCAAACUAGGUGGUAGAACUGGUGGUAACGGCAAGGGUGGAAGAGGAAUUCCCGUUGGGAGAGGAAGUGGGGCUGGUAUAGGAAGUGGUUCCGGAAGAGAAAUUGGGGCCGGGAGACACGGUGUUGGCAAGCAUGGUGGUGGCAAGCAUGGUGGUGGCAGGUAUGACGAUGGCAGACAUGGUUGCGGCGGACAUGAUGGUGGGAAGUAUGACGGUGGCAGACAUGGUGGUGGCGGGCAUGAUGGUGGCAAAUAUAUUGGUGGUGUGCACUUACAACAUGGAUUUGCUCCAGCCUUCGAAAAUCAAAAAUUUGUUUAA